AGUGUAGCAAAACAACAUGUACUUGUCUCGUAUUCAAAUGCAAAAGCCCGCCAUAUACACUAACUUUUUCUUCUAUUACUAUUACUAGCUAGCUACUACAACUACUACUCUACUACACCCAAUGACCAAAUUUUAAAUCUCUCUUUUUCAGUUUUGUUUUCACAAAGCUUUUCAUAUCUUUUCCUCUCAAUUUGAACUAAUAUUCCUUCUCCUUUUUCUUUUUCUUUUUUAAUUAUUAAAAAGUUGAAACACAAAAGUAUUAUACUCAACAAAAAGCUCUACACUCUCUGUUUUCUCUUUCACUAGAGAUUUUAGCCUUAGUGAUCAUGAAGCUUCUCUUAUCUUCUUCUCCUUCAUCAUCAUUAUCAUCCACUUCUUUCGAUACCAGAGUUUAUAAUUCAAAAACAGCCACCACCGCCGGAUGCAUAGCUGGGAUUUUGCGCAGAAUUCUCUGCUCCGGUACUCUGCCUACGCACCCUUCUGAUCAAACCACAGAAGAAACUAACUCGCUUGAGUUAGAUUCGAAGGUUACGACUCCUGGAACACCUGGGCUCGUGGCGAGGCUAAUGGGUUUGGACUCGUUGCCGGAGCUCGGUUCGGAUUGGGCACAGUUGAGGCCCAAGAAUUCAGUUUCCCGUAGCCGGUCGAUGAAUUCGGCAGACCGGGUUCCGGGUUCCGACGAUUCAAUGCACCGGAGGGUGAAGUCCACGACGUCGUUUCGGGAGAUUCCGGCGUUUCUUGAGCUAGAGAGUGAAGAAUUCUUUAUACUCAGUUUCGAGAAUGUGAGCGAGAGAAGAGGAAUUAGAUCGAAGGAGGCAAAACGCGGAAAGGGUUUUGGAGAAGCGAAGCAGAGAAGGGAAAAGAAAAGCGAGAGAGUCGAAAAUGGCGAAGAAGUAAGAAAGGUGUUGCGCGACUUGAAUGGAAAAGUGUUGCAGAGUAGUAGGAGAAGAAGUAGUACUACUAAAGUGAAUUGUAAUAAUAACAAUGGUAAAGAUUCAACUGUCACGAGAAACUCCAACGUGAAACGACAUGUCGUUUCAGAUCAAGUAGAGCUGCCCACUGUAGUGAAACCAAGCUUGAACAAGAAGAAGAAGAAAAAUAUAACAAAUUUUCAAGGUGUUAGGACAGUAGAAGAACAACCUGAUCCUCAGCAGUGUACCUCGGAAGAUGCAAGCCCUGUUUCAGUUCUUGAUUGUGGGCAGUUCCUUAUUGAUCCCGAAGUUCCUAUAUCAGAAGUGGAUUGUUGUAGCUCAACAACUUCAAACUCAAGAAGGAAAUUGUCAAUGGAGAUUGAAAACCACAAGAAAUUGUCUCCACGUAGAGAUAAUAAUUUGAUGGGUGAGGAAAGGAAGACAGAGAAAAAGCAUAUGUGGUCAAGGAAGGAACAGAGCCGUGAUACUCCUGAGAGUUCAGAGAUUUUGGACGAGAUUUGCAGUAUGAGUGAGACGGAGUUGGUUGAAUCGAAUUGGGUACAAAGAUGGAGUUUGAACCACGAAGAUUUUAAGAGCAUUGGUGAAGAGUUGGAGUCAAAGAUUUUUGGUCAGUUGGUAGAAGAGAUGGUAGAUCAAAUUUGAAUUUGUAAGAUUUUUACUAAAUUUUGUAAAUCAACCAUUAUAGCAAUGUAACUCCACUUAAUUAAAUACUAAUAAUAAGUUGUAAGCUUGAUUAACCAUAGUUCAUCGCUAAGGAAGUUUUGUUAUUUUAUGUCAUGUGUAAAGUAUGGUGUUUAGACAUUUAUUAUUCCCUAAUUUUUAUGAGCAAAAAUUCUGAAGUCUGCAAGGUAAAGUAGUUGAACUACUUUUUCAGUGUCAUAUCGGAACAAGUACAAGUUUGGAAUAUGCACAAAUCUUUUUUUUUUUUUUUGUAUUUUUUGCGAACAAAAAUAUUAUCAUAUUACUGAUUUUUUUUUAAUAAAGAUGCUUGUUUAAUUCUCAUUUAAAAAAAACACUUGAAAUUCUAUAAUACUUAAAUGUUUUAAUAAGCCUGUGGACAAAGUAAUAAUUCAAGAGAAUCCUAGUACGUGGCAGCUUUGUUGAAAAGUCCCUGCACUAUGGGCUAGCACACUACUCAAUGGCCAUAUACAUUUUGUUUUGCUUUGCUUUUUCAUUUUUUUAUGCCUCGUUCUGUUGAUCUUUUUUUUUUUUUUUCAUCUCUAACGCUCUCGAUUUUAAUAUAUCGGACACACUUUCUUAAUUUAAAAAUA